UAGGGUCCGUCCCGGCCGUUCGCGGCCCGUUGGCUACGGGUCCCCGCUAGGAUCCGUCCCAGCCGCUGCCACCCAACACCGCUCCCGACUCUCGCUGCUGCCGCGGCCGCCGCAACCAAAUGUGGCGCGAAACUAGAGACUCCCGCCUACCACGUGCCCGCUCCGGGCCAAUCAGUGCCCGGCACGUGACCCCCCCCCCUCCCGGGCCGCCAAUCGCAGCUCGGACAGAGCCUCGGACGGAGGCCCCGCCCACGCGUCCCCGUCACGUGACAGAGCAGCGGCCCGCGCCGGACCCAGGCCCAGUGAUGCUGUCGCAGAUUUUCAUUCUCUCCUCCAAGGGAGACAGACUCGUCCACAAGGACUUCCGCAGCGAGGCCGGCGGGGGCAGCACCGAUCUGGUGGACACUUUCUAUAGGAAGAUCACGGCCCUGCCCAGGGACCAGGCGCCCGUGUUCAUGGCGCACGAGGGGCUGCACUUCGUCCACGUGCGACACGCUGGCCUCUACUUCGUGGCCACGACGGGGCACGAUGUCUCCCCUUUCACCAUCAUCGAGUUCCUCAACCGGCUGGUGACGCUGAUCUGCGAUUACUGCGGCUCCCUCAGCGAGAAAACCGUCAGCCUCAACUUCGCCCUCAUCUACGAGCUGCUGGACGAGAUGCUGGACUACGGCUACGUGCAGACCACGGCGCCGGAUGUGCUGCGCAACUUCAUCCAGAUGGAGCCCGUGCUCAGCAAAGCCUUCAGCCUGCUGGACCUGGGCAGCGUCGGCCUGUUUGGAGCAGAGACGCAGCAAAGCAAAGUGGCUCCGAGCUCGGCCGCCAGCCGCCCUGUGCUACCCCCUUGUGGGGACCAGGGCGCCCGGAAUGAGGUGUUUCUGGACGUGGUGGAGAGGCUGACGGUCGUCAUCACGGCCAACGGCACCCCCAUGAAGGCCGACAUCCAGGGAGAAAUCCGCCUGAAGAGCUACCUGCCCAGCUGCUCCGAGCUGCGCAUCGGGCUGACGGAGGAGUUCUGCGUGGGGAAGUCGGAGCUGCGAGGCUACGGCACCGCCGUCCGCGCCGACCAGUGCGCCUUCCACAGCUCCGUCAAGCUGGACGAGUUCGAGAGCAGCCGCAUCCUCAAGGUCACCCCCAGCCCGGGGGAGCUCCUGGUGAUGCAGUACCAGCUGUCAGACGACAUCCCCUUGGCCCUGCCCUUCCACCUCUUCCCCACACUGGAGCGGGAUCCCACGGGCCGGCUCCGCAUUUACCUCAAGCUCCGCUGUGAUCUGGCUCCCAAAAGCCAGGCCCUGAACGUGCAAGUCCAGCUGCCGGUGCCGAAGGGGGUCGUCAGCCUCUCCCAGGAGCUGAGCAGCCCCGAGCAGACGGCCGAGCUGCAGCCCAGCCUCAAGGCCAUUCGCUGGGUGAUCCCGCGCGUCCAGGGGGGCUCCCAGCUCUCCGCCCUCUUCAAGCUGGAGAUCCCAGGGCUGAGCAGCUCCUCGCUGCUGGAAGUGGGGCCUGUGAACAUGUCCUUCGAGCUGCCCAUGCACACCUGCUCCGGCCUGCAGAUCCGCUUCCUGCGCUUCACGGCCCCGCAGCCUGGGCUGCCCCACUGCUGGGUGCGCUACGUAUCACACAGCGACUCCUACGUCAUCCGCCUCUGAGCC